GGAUAUUUUAAUAUCUUAUUCGUAAUUAAUUUACAAACUUCCUGUGGAAAAAAAUAAUCCAAAAAGAUGUCAAAUAUUUUGACUUUCGUUCUAAAUUGACUGUAUAACAGCUGCUCUCUUCUGUUUUACUUCAACUUUUACUAACCGUGGCUGUGGGGCUGGUAUGAAUGAGGGAGAUUAUUGAGGAGCAGCACGAAUUCAACACGAUGUACGACACACCAGUUAGUCUCCAUAACUGCUGCAUAGACUUCAUCUGUGACAAUCUAAGUCAGUUAUGCGAGCCCGGAAUCACAGAGCUCGGAGAUUCAAAGCUUAUGUUCAAGGAGCAGGACAUAUAUUUCCAACAUCAUCUGUCGGAAAAACUGUUGGAAACUCUGUGUGAGAAAGGAAAGUUAACAGAUGAGACAAUGACGUUAUUUGACCCAAAUGUAAUGAAUCUAAGGCAGGUUUGUAUACGAGAUGCUCAGUUAAGUACAAAAGGUUUACGGACGUUAAAACAGCAUAAAAUUUCUGACCUUGAAAUAACUGGUUUGAAAAGUACGACAAUAAACGAUGUGAUAGGAUGUCUCGGAGAAUGGACUCUGACAAAUUUACGCUCACUCAACGUUAGCAAUAGCACGUUUUUGAAUAGUGCAACAAAGUUUUGUGUGAUGGUGUCUCUGUCCAAACUUCGCAACUUAGUCAGUCUGAAUGUUAGUAGGACACAGUUCAAUAAACAAGGCUUGGAAAUAAUUGCAGAGGAUCUGCCGAAACUGGAAAAUCUGGAUAUUUCAGACACUUUGAUAGACGAUAUAUCAUCUUUAAGAAAAUGCAAAGAAAGAUUGAAAUAUUUGUCAAUGUACUCUUUACGAGCAGCUCAGACAUGUGAUAUAGUACCAGUGCUAUGUGAGCUCACAAAACUUGUGCAUCUAGAUGUAUCAGAUGACUCAAGUGUACAACAAAUUCUCUCAAGUAAUCCAUCACCAAAGUUCAAAAUAACAGAUCUCCUGUCUCGUACUACUUGUCUACCUCAACUUACGUCGUUUGACAUGUCGGGGAAGGAAGGUGCCACAGAGGAAAUGCUCUUAGAAUUUGUACAGAGUCACAAUUUGAGAUUUAUAGGACUGUCCCUUACUCAAGCCUGCAAAUUUGGUUCUUUUAUGGACACAAAAAACUCAGUAUUCCAACAUGACAUUGUGGUGACAGGAGAGGCAAAUGAGAGACAAGUUACUGAAUCAUUGAAGAGAUACACUACACGGCAUCUCUAUAUGCAGAAAUCUCUGUACACACUGUUCAGCUUAACACAAGAAAUGUACAUACCUAGAGAAGAUAUAAUUAAGUUAGUGCUACCAGCUAUGAAGUUACAUCCUCGAACACUAGGAGUACAGAUGGCAGCUACAGCCUGUUUAUACAACCUGUCAAAAGCUGAACUCGGCCAGAAAAUACAUCCACAAUGUCUGAAAGAGAUUAUAGAACUGACACUGUUAGCGAUGGAAAAUUUCCCCAACCAUCAACAGUUACAGAAGAAUGCUUUGUUAACAUUAUGUAGUGAUCGUAUUUUACAAGACGUGCAAUUUGACCGGUAUCGUUGUGCUCGACUGGUUAUGGAAUGUUUAUGUUUGUUUGACGACCCUUCCAUGAACAGGAUGUCUGUUGCCAUCUGCUCUAUUCUAGCAGCAAAAAUAUCUACUCAGAAGACAUCUCAGCUUGGUGCCAAGACUCGGUACAUGAAGAAAAUGCUGCAACUUGUACGACAAAAAAUAGAGAGCAACAUUGUUGAUAUAACACUCAAGUUUACACUUAGUGCACUGUGGAACCUAACAGAUGAAUCCCCUGCCACCUGUAAAGUGUUCCUGAAUGAAGGUGGACUAGAUUUGUUCAUGACAACAUUACAAGUUGUCAGCAGUAUGGAAGUUGAUACAAGAGUACAAGUUGAAACAAAAAUACUCGGACUCUUAAAUAACAUUGCUGAGGUGAAGUCUUUCAGGCAGGCUCUGAUGAGGGAGGAUUUUCUCAUGAUUGCCAAACGUCUGUUGCAAGCUGAGCAGAUAGAUGUAAGCUAUUUUGCUGCAGGGAUAGUUGCUCAUCUUGCCAGUGAUGGAGCUCAGAAUUGGCUCAUUGCUGGAACAGAUAGAGCUGAUAUUCUACAAGAACUGUAUAAUGUGGUGCUAAAGUGGGAGCAACCACGAGGAGAGAUGGUUGCAUACAGGUCGUUCAGUCCAUUUGUCCCUCUGUUGAGGUCACGAGACAUGCCAGCUGUACAACUUUGGGCAGUGUGGGCUAUACUACAUGUCUGUACCAAAAAUGCGGAGAAAUACUGUGCAAUGUUACAAGAGGAGAAUGUUAAUGAAAUACUGGAGACUGUUAUAUGUGAACCAGGGGUAGAUAACAAUGUUAAAACAAUAGGUCAAAAAGUGGUCUCCCUUGUUGUCACAGGAGUCAAUACAGACACAUGUGAUUCUAUGAAACAUUGAGAAAUAUUACCUGCUUAGAACUACUGCAUUGUUUGAGUUUAGAUUGUUGUUUUACAUAUUCAUAGUUAAAAAGGGAUAAGCAUUCAACAUACAUGUCUCAAUAGGACAGGAUAUCUUCCUAACUUGAACUCUAAAAAUCUUUGGUAGUGAUACAAAGUUUACAUAUUUUUUAUGGGGUUUGACAAUUUGUUUCAACAUUUAUAAUCGUGUUUUUUUUUAAAGAAAAAUAUUGGUUAUUGGAUUUGCAAAUGUCAUUGGGUGGGUGAUAACAAUUUUUCCACUUUUACAAAAUUUACAGAAAUGUAUUGUUGCCAAGUUCCCAGAUCCGUAUUGACAAGUUUUUUAUUUGAUUUGUGGUGUCCGGCAUUUCUCAAUGGACUUCAUUGAAAAGUUAGUACAAUUCCUGUUGCAUAUUAUGGUCACAUGAUUAAGAUCAAAUGGUGGUAUAGCAUUUGUAUCCUGGUGAAGAAGGGCCUCAGAUGUCCCUCAGCCUCAGAUGCCCCUCUAUUUGCUGUAUUUUAAUUACACGAGUGAAUCAGACUUCUGUAUCGGUGUUUUCUGUUCUGUCUAAUAAUUAUGUGAACUGAAAUAAGUGCUUGAAAUAAUGAAAAAAAAAAAAUUUAUUUGGUGACAUGAUAAAAUAAUACCAUGUGAUUCAUGCCAGUGCUAUAAUAUUAUAUUGUAUUUUGAAAUCAUGAAUUGUAAUAUACGUAAUGAAAGUAGUUCUGUAAUUUAUAAAAUGCUCAUGAUAACUAUCCCUCAUUCUUCUGUUUUUGUUAGUUUUGUUUCAAAUCUUUUUUGUGAAUUAUUUAUAUUUGUCAUCAAUUUCUGUUGAAAUAUGUUCAAAUAAAGAUUUUACAGAUGGGUAUCAGGCAAAAUGUUAAACUAUUUUGGCACUUAAAAAAAUUAGCCUUGAAAGCCUUUAGCAUUAAAAGUGAAACAUAAAAAUAUUUUUGUUUCAUGCAUAAAAUAUUGUUGGAUGUUGGUGACAAAUCAAGAUGUAAAUGAGUGAUCAAGUUUGCCCUUCUUUUUGUGAGAAAUGACGUGUAUUAUAUACUGUUUCAAUAUCUUUUUUGGGAAUUUUUAAUAUUUUGACAAAGUUCUUAAGGCUGUUGACAAUUUCUAAACUAUAAAUGUUUUUACCUGAAAGUCUGUAUGAGUAAUUUGUGUGUAUUUUGAAUAAUAAUGGCAAAAAUAUGAUCUGCCAUCCAAUAAUAGGUAUAUAAAGAUAAUACAAUGUUUUCUUUUUUGACAGAUAUAAAAUAAUUUACAAAAUAUCACUAAUACAUUAUCUCAUCAUUUUUAACAUUGAUAGUGUUCAAAUAUUGUAUCAUAUACAUGUAUAUACAUGUAUUUAAUCAAUUAACAAAUUGAGGUUUGUUCAGCAUUAAUUAACCUAUGACCUGCUGAAUUUGUUAUGGUUUUGCCCCUUGUUUGAAUUCAUGAUUUAAGGAUUUCAAUAUUUAAAUGUAAACCAUCAGCAACAGUAUAGAGUCUAGUCAGACUGUACAAAUAUGCAUGCUGGCUUUGCCCUAUACUGGUGGUAAAUGGUAAUUAUUUUUGCUUCAAGCAAGGUAAGGUUUAACAAGCUAUUUAAAUUUUGAUAUGUUAGAAGUAAUUGUGGAAUAUUUAACAUUAUUAAUCACAAAUUAUUAUAUACUGGGAUGAUAAUAUUAUUUUAGUGGAGACUUUUGAAUGAUUUAUAUUCUUCUCAAACUGUCUUUGUCAAAUAAGCAAAAAUGUUGUUGCUUGUUUGUAAUGUAAUACAACCAUUAAGUAUUUCUUAUAUUACAUACAUUUUUUUUUAUUUGAAAAAAUGUCACAAUGUAAACAGCUCUAUUAGUCCGGUUGAUUUUACAUUAUUUUGGUCGCAUGUGAUAAAAAAAAUCUUACAGGAGAUGUCUAUAUUAAAAGAAGUGUUAAAAAGUUCCCUAGAUGCUUGCUUUAUAACACUUUCUAUAAGUGACGGUAUGCCCAUCUAAGUGUGAAUGUGAGAGUACAGAAAAAGUUUUUUUUAAAAGUUCACAUUUUGCCAUACUUGUUUCUAAUUUCAUUUUCUACUUUUAAUGAAAAUUCAAUAACCCACAUGGCACACAGAUAUUUCUAAAAAUAUCUUUCAGAAUGUAUUGGUAAUACUCAGUUUAUAAAAAGAAUGGGGCAGUCUUUACAUUUAAGGCAGAAAGUAAUGAAUCUUCUGGAAUAAUUGUCAAAUUCUCCUCAACUUGAAAACAAACAAAAAAUGAGCAUGUUACUGUAAUGAAUUAAGAAGAGUCUGUAGAUAAAACAUUGCAGAAAUUUUAUUAUGUAGAUAUAUAUAACUGUGUUAAAUUUCAUGAAACAUUAAGUUGCAAUAAGAAAAAUGUAUAGUAUUUUAAAGUCAAAAUAUGAAUCCAAGACUUUGAGUACAAUGUAUUGAUGAAUAUGUAUCGGAGGUGGGUGUUAAUAAAUAUUUGCCAAGUAUAAUGUACAUGUAUUUCAAAGCUACUUAGAAUAUCACACACAAAAAUAAUGAAAAAUAUGUUCCAGAUGUUCUGUAAAUAUAUGGACAGUAUUUUGUUGUUGAUGUGAUAUGAAAUCAGGAUGAAAUUUAUAAAAUUGUUACUAGUUUUGUUGCUUGCAAUAAGUGCUUUUAAAUCCCUGUAUAUAAUGAAUUAUGAUGUUUCUGGUUUUCAGUUCUACUUGUUCUAAUUCUAAUUGUUCCAUGGGAAUAUUUUUGUAUGAUUGGUGAGAAAAAUGAAACUUUGAAUUAUGGUACAUUUUGUAUAUAUAAAAUUAUUCUGUUAAUGUUAGUAUUUUUAAGAGCUAGAAGGUUAUAAUACAGUGAGUGAUACAGAUUUUAUUUAUUAAAGUUUAUGUUGACGAGUAGGCCUAUAGUGUGAUACAAUAAUGUUGUGUGGAAUAGAAAAAUGUUGUGUAGGCAUCUUUCUUGACAAGUCAAGUUAUCUCUUAGACUUACAAUGUAUAGGAAAAGUAAUAAUAUUAAUGAACUUUGUUUAGUUAUUUAUACAAUUGUUGAAGUAAAUUUUCAUUGAUCUUAUAAUGGAAAGUCUGUGAAAACUUUUUUUUAUAAAUAAAAGUUUAAAAUUCGAAAAAGUAGUAGCAACAAUGAUACAGUGUUGAAUAAUUUCUUUGCUCUAUGAAAAGUUUCUUACAAUUUGUUAAAAUUUAUAACAACAAAAUUUAUAAGUAAAGUAUGUAUUCAGUGUUUCCUAAAACUGUUAACUGGGACAUGAUAGUAUUUGAUACAUUGUGCUUAUAUAUUCCAAUGUGAUUUAAAUUAUACAUACUUUGUUUUGGAUCUUUUUAGCAUAUUUGACUUUUCAUAAAAAUAUAAAUGUUUUGAUUUCUUAAUUUAUAUCUCUUUAAAAAAAGAUAACAAACUUUGUAAGCUAUAGAUAAACAAUAUAAGUGUUGAAAAUUAGCAUACAUUCUAUAACAAAGUACAUGAACACCCAAGUGGUGCGGUGUUUAGUCAGGUGCAUUACAUAAACUUCGUAUUGUUACCAUACUAACAUGUAAUAUUUCUGUGGUACCCCUGUUGUAAAUGCAUCGUUUUCUGUACAGGAAUUUUAUUAUUGUUGGAAUUUCAAGUGUGUAUAUGAUAUGAUGUACACUACAUGAAUAAAUUCAAUAUUAACAUCU